AUGCAAACUCAACCAGCGAAGAGGCAUAACUCGCCUCCACCGGUGAUGCUUCGGCACCCGCGGAGGUCCUUGUGGCCUCCGCACUCCACCCUGGCCCCGCCCCAGCUGGGCCCAGCCCCAGUGGGCCAACAGCCCCGUGCAGACCCCGAGACUGGGGUGGAACAGCCUGCCAUUCCCAGCCCCACCUGGCCCCAGCCCGUCAGCCCCAGGGAACUCAGCCCUGGCCCGUGCCCUGGCCCCAGUGAAGCCCAGCUCAGCCUGCCUGCCUCCGUCAGACGCGCCUGCCUCAGCCCGGGGCCCCAGACCCGGGCUCAGCUCACCAGCCCGCCUGCAGCCUGGGCCUCAGCCCUGGGAACAGGAACAGCCUGCCUGGGAACACUGCGCCCGCCCGGCGCCCAGCCUGCCUCCUGGCUCCAAAGCCUGCCCGCCCCCAGCCCGCCUGGGAACAGAACAGGGCCUGGCCUGCUCAGCUCAGCCUGGCUCAGCCUGGCCAGCCUGGAGACUCAGCCUGGGGCCUGGGCUGCAGCCUCAGCCCUGGGGCCUGGUGCCCCAGCUCAGUGCCCAGGGGCCUGGGCUCAGCUCGCUCAGCCUCUGCCUCAGGCCUGGCCUCGGGGCCUGGGCUCAAGCCUGCUCAGCCUGCUCAGCCUGCUCAGCUGCCUGCCUCAGGUCAGCCUGGGCCCUGGAAGCUCCGUCAGCCUGGCUCACCAGCCUGCUCAGCCUGUGCCCCUGGUCAGCCUGCUCAGCCCGUCUGGAGGCCAAGCUGGGGUGGAGGCCCAGCCUGGCGGAGGCAAUUUGGCCUCCAGCCUGCCUUCAGCUCAAAACAGCUCAGCCUGGGCUGAGCCUGGCUCAGUCGUCAAAGUCUGGGAGACGGGAGGUGGGGAACAGCCUGGGCUCAGCCUGCUCAAAGCUUCAAAGGGGUGCCUGCCCAGCCUGCUCAGCUCAGUGUCAGCUCACUGCGCCUCAAACCCAGCCUGGGCUCAAAGCCUGGCUCAGCCUGGUGGGGUGGUGAAAGCCUGGCUCAGCCUGCUCAGCUGUCAGAAGUCAGUUUCAGCCGCUCAGCCCUGCUUGUGUCAGCUCUCAAAGCCUGCCCCAGCUCGUUUCAGUUUCUCAACACCAGCCUGGGUUUCAAAGCUGUCAAAGCCACUGUUUGCUGGGUGGGGCUCAAAUGUUUCAGCCUCAGCCAGCCGCUGGGGUCAAAGCCAGCCAGCCUGCUCAAAGCUCACUGCCUGCUCAAAGCUGGCUCAGUUGCUCAAAGCCUGGCUCAGCUCGGCUCAGCUGAACAGGAACAGCCGGGUCCUCAGUGCUGAACUGGGUCUGGCCUCCAGCUCCGCUCAGCCUGCUGGGAACAGACAGCCCCAGCCCUGCCUGGGUCCUGGCUCCCAGCCACCAGCUCCGUCUCAGGGUCUCAGCCCCAGCCCGUGCCCCAGCCCCACACCAGCCUGGGUGGAACAGCUGGGGCUCCUGGAGGCCCUGGGGCUGGGGCCCGCCCUGCCUGGCUCACCAGCCCGCCCAGCCUGGCCUGCCUGGGAGGCUGAACAGCCUGGGCUCCCCAGCCCCAGGCUGCCCAGCCUCGGGCUCAGGUCUCCGGGCUCAGCCCUGCCUCAGCCUGCGGUCAGCUCACCUGCCCGGGCUGGAGGCUGCCUCCGCCUCAGCCUGGAGCUCCGUACCAGCCUGCUCAGGGGAGGCCUGAGGCCUGCCUCCGGCUCAGCUCCAGCCUGCCUGAGACCCGCCCCACAUGGCCUCAGCCCCGCUGGGAACGGGGGCCUGGGCGGGUCCAGCCUAGCUCAGCCUGCCCCAGUCCCAGCCUGGGGUGCCUGCCAGAUCCAGCCUGCUGCGUGCCCUGGCUCAGCCUGGCUCUGUGCCUCCAGUCUGCCCACCAGCUCCUGGGGAACGCUCAGCCUGCCUGGCCCGCCAGGGAGCCUGGCCCCAGCUCCUGGCCCAGCCCUGGGAACCAGCCCACCAGCGUGCAGCCCGCAGGGCUGGGCCUGGGGUGCUCAGGAACAGGCCCCGCCCGGGUAG